AUGUCCGAAAACCAAACAAAUCGAAAACAAAUAAAAGUUUUGUCCAUUUUUGUGUGUUUUUCGUGGAAUUUUUUGCAUUUCUGAACGACCAACAGCUACCUUCGAGUACCGAGAACCCGCAUUUAUCAAAGUCAUCCAGUGAAAAAUGGAACGCAAACAAGUUGCUCGAAAAUCCUAUGCCGAUCCGCAUAAACGACAAAAGGUGGCCCACAGUACAAGCGAGGCUAACAGCAUUGACGAGGAGGAAAAGUUACCGGAGACGCCCGUAUCUGACAUCAUAUCGCUCGACGAGGAUUCCAACGAAGAGCCUGUCAAAAGUUCCGACGACACAAAAAAAGCGCCCGAAACGGAGGAACCAACAUCCACAAAUGACGAGCAAGCGAGGCCCGAUGACGUCGCGACAGAAAAUUGCGUCGAGAGCUCCGUGCAAAACGGUGACGCGGACGAGAGCUCAGAAGUAACGUCGGGUGCAGCGGAUUCUGGUGCCGCUGAACGGAGUCUCGACGAACAAACAGAUCCGGAUUCCACGACAAAUACCUCGUUGACGGCGACGGCAGCAGCAGCAACGCCAGCAGUAGAGACGACAACAACAGACGAUGCGGUUAAAGUUACGGAUAAUCCAGCGACAGCGGAGGCCAGCACGACAGCUACCACUGUGGAUUGAUUUUUCUAUCGAAUUUUCUUGAAUUUUCUACUUUUUUGUUAGUAUUUUGGUCUCAUUUUUACGAAAUUUCAAUAAAAUUUAUCGAUUU